AUGACCUCGAAGAACAACGGCUUGUCAGCGGCGCUUGUCUCGAAUCUCCAAGAUGUGCUUUCCAAGAGAAAAGGAGUGAACGAUGAAUCUGCAUCGGAGGAGGAGCCUCCCUCUACUUCUGUUGCGGCCAAGGAGGAGGAGAGUGAUGACUCGAGACCAAUCGUUUUAGUUACGAAUGGAGAUGGGAUUGAUUCGACAGGGCUCGUGUCUCUCGUUGAGGCUUUGGUUAAAGAAGGGCUCUACAAUGUCCAUGUCUGUGCUCCUCAAACGGAUAAGUCGGCUUCUUCACAUUCUAUGACUCCUGGAGAAACCAUUUCUGCAAGCUCUGUUAAUAUCAAAGGUGCCACCGCCUUUGAAGUUUCAGGGACUCCUGUGGAUUGUAUCUCGUUAGGAUUAUCAGGAGCGCUUUUCGCUUGGUCAAAACCAAUACUGGUAAUUAGUGGAAUCAAUCAGGGAUCAAGCUGUGGUCAUCAAAGGUUCUAUUCCGGUGCAGUAGCUGGAGCUAGUGAAGCCUUGAUUUCUGGAGUACCCUCUUUGUCAAUAUCACUGAACUGGAAGAAAGGUGAAAGCCAAGAAAGUGACUUUAAGGAUGCUGUUUGUGUUUCUUUACCUUUGAUAGACGCAACAAUCAGGGACAUUGAGAAAGGAGUUUUCCCUAAAGAUUGCUCUCUCAACAUUGAAAUUCCAACUUCACCCUCAUUAAACAAGGGUUUUAAGGUAACAAAACAAAGCGUGUGGAGGCAGAGUCCUAGCUGGCAAGCUGUUUCUGCUAACCGUCACCCUGGUGCUGGGAAUUUCAUGUCGAAUCAGCAAAGCCUAGGAGCCCAACUUGCCCAGCUUGGUAGAGAUGCUUCAGCUGCUGGGGCUGCUCGUCGCUUUACCACACAAAAGAAGAGUAUUGUGGAGAUUGAAUCGGUUGGUGUUGCUGCUAAAACUGAUAGCCGUGUUAAGAAAUAUUUCCGCCUAGAGUUUGUGGCCAAAGAACAAGAACAUACGGAUGACGAUACGGAUAUCAAGGCUCUAGAAGAUGGUUUUGUUUCUGUGACUCCACUGUCUCAACUACCAAACAUAGAUUCAGAAACACAAGCCACGGUAACAGAAUGGAUCUACAAAUCCCUUAGCAAUGGUCAAUGA